GGCCGCUCGGGAAGAUGCGGCUGUUGCUGGAAUGGCUUCUCCUGCUCUUUGGCCCUUGGCUCCUGCGGAAGGCCGUCAGUGCCCAGAUUCAGGAGUCCCGGAGGCCGCAGUACUUGGAGCUGCGCCCCGCCGCCGCCGGAGCGGGCGCCCCUGGCCAGCAGCUCACCGCGCCGAGCUCUCCCGACGGCCUAGGCACCGCCCGCGCCUGGAGCUGGGCCUGGCCUUCUAACCACACUGCGGCGCUGGCUCGGGCCGGGGCGACUGGUGCACAGCCGGCACAGCGCACAAAGCGGAAGCCGUCUAUCAAAGCGGCCCGCGCCAAGAAGAUCUUCGGCUGGGGCGACUUCUACUUCCGGGUGCAUACCCUCAAGUUCUCGCUGCUGGUGACUGGCAAAAUAGUGGACCAUGUAAACGGCACUUUCAGUGUGUACUUCCGCCACAACUCAUCCAGCCUGGGCAACCUCAGCGUCAGCAUCGUGCCUCCCACCAAGCGUGUCGAGUUUGGGGGAGUCUGGCUGCCAGGCCCCGUCCCCCACCCUCUGCAGUCCACGCUGGCCCUGGAGGAAGUGCUUCCGGGGCUGGGGCCCCCGUUAGGAAUGGCGGCAGCAGCGGGGCCGAGGCUAGGGAGCACUCUAGGGGGCGCGCUGACGGGUCCACUCGGGGGCGCGUUGGAAGUGCCCGGGGCCAAAGAGUCACGCGCUUUCAAUUGCCACGUGGAGUAUGAGAAGACAAACCGUGCGCGCAAGCACCGCCCAUGCCUGUACGACCCAUCGCAGGUGUGCUUCACGGAGCACACGCAGAGCCAGGCCGCCUGGCUCUGUGCCAAGCCCUUCAAAGUCAUCUGCAUUUUCGUCUCCUUCCUCAGCUUUGACUACAAACUGGUGCAGAAGGUGUGCCCAGACUAUAACUUCCAGAGCGAGCACCCCUACUUUGGAUAGCUCGCUCCUCCCCCGUCCCACCCCCGCUGUGGCCCUGAGCUUCCCACCAAACCCGGGCCUCCUUAGGUGGUACCUCUUCCCCUGCCCCGCCGCUCCUGUGGCUAAAUCUACCCCACCCACUCGAGGGGCGGAGGGGAACAGCCCUCCUGGGGACCAUCGGCCGGCGAGGGCCCCUUUUUUCUUAUGGGGAAUGCUCACGAGGCUGAGGAUAGCUCCCUCGGGUACACCCCAAAGUAGAGGGGCAAGAGCGCAGCUCCAGGAUAAGGCAGGUUUGGAGGCGGUCCCAGGUCCUCUUCGUCCAUACUUGGUAAGGUUUGCGGCUCUGGCGCUGGGCUGGGCGCUCCCUUUGCCCACAGCUUUAAUAACGCCUGGCCUGUCACCCUCAUCCCAUCUUACCUUUCUUACCCUCAGGCGCUUGUUCUCCCGCUUCACCCCGGCCCCCCCCCCCCGUAAAGACUGGCCACUUAUAAACCCCGGCCUAUACCCAUCCUUCUGCCUGCCAGGCUGUAUGCCUGUCCUCUCCCUGCAGCCUCCUGGGCAGAGGCCGUAUCAUCUGCCCGCCCCUCUCCCGUGCAGUCCAGCUCCACCUGCCCGUCUCCGGAUGCUUCCUGUCGGUCAUAUUUUUUCUACGCCAAAACAGACGAGUAAGGGAAUAAAAUAAAGUGAAAUCCAAUAUGCAUCUCUGUGAGACCUUUGUAGGGGGUGGUGGUGUGGGCUUCUGUCUGGCAGAGACCUGGCCAGGACCUCUUGCUCUUUCGUGUGGAAACUGAGGCAAAGACUGACGUAGGUAUAAUCUUGGAGGUCGUCCAAGACCAGAUCAGAGGCAGACAAGGGGACCUCUGGGGUAGGAUCCCUGCCCGAGAGGGAGUUCUCCCUGAGAUGGAGGAAGUGAAGCUGCAGCAGAUACAAUGAGGGUUAGACCUGAAGAGAGACUGCCAGCGGACAAUUGGAAAGAAUCCAGUCUAGAGGAGAAGGACUAAGGCCUUGAAUGGGAUGGAGAUACAGUGACAGCGUAGGCAGAGCGCUGACAACCUGCUAAGCUCCACGGGGCGGGCAGGAGGCGGCAGGUGGGGGGAGGGGAACGAUGUUUGCGGCAUCUGGAGUCAUCGAUCUUCCUUUUCCUUCCUAAUUUCUUGGGCGCUGAGUUUGCAGACAGAUGAGGGAGAAGAGGGAAGCUUGGGUGGGGGAAGGGACAAGGGCAGUUUUGGGGGGCGGGGCCGCGUCGCCGCCGCUGGCUGCCUGCAAAAGCGGCCCCCUUUAGCCAGCUGCCCACCCUCCCCACCUCCGCCUUCAACUCGUUCCUGCAGCCGCCGCUGCUAAUUUUAUCCGCCCCCAACCCUGGCCCAGGCGUUAAUUGGCUGCGGCUUCAUUAGCAGUUCUCAAGCUCAGCCGCCCCCCUCCCCUCGGGACCCCUGGCUGGGGCGGAGGGAAGGGGGUUCGGACAAGCUGAGGCACUGAGCGACUCGUCGCCUUCCUUCGCUUUGAGUCCUGGGUCAAGAUACUGACUCGGAGAGGGCCCCAUUCUCCAGGGAAUUGCACACUGGUUCCAGCGGGAAACUGAGUCAGAGGAAAAAACCCUGAAAAGCUUCAGAAAAGUGAACGAACGGGGUUCACUGGCUUGCUCUUCUUUCGGGGGAGGGCCGCUCGCGGACCCGGCAGCUACAGAUGAGGAAACGAGGCCAAAGAGGG